AUGGCUUCACGAAUAUCCAGGGCUGCAUCGCCCUGCCUGCGUCAAUUGCGCAGAGAAUCACAGCUUGUCCAGAGGAGGCCAUGGACCAUGGCUCUUCGUAGCAUCUCGACGUCGUCAAACUACUCUGCGGCUGUCACCGAAAUCCGAAAACCGAUCGAUCAGGCUCCCGCGACCAAACCUCCAAGUGCUCGGCCAGUUGAGACUAGGAAGAGCCAGUUGAUCCGAACCUACACAUCACUACUCCGAACAACACCCUUGAUUUUAUUCUUCCAACAUAGCAACCUGACAGCUGUGGAGUGGGCUGCGGUACGACGAGAGCUGAAGAAAGCCCUUGGUGCAGUUCCCAAGCCCAAUGCGAUUCCUGGCACCGAGCCUGUCGAUAUUACCCCAUUAGUUCAAUUGCAGGUAGUACGGACCAAUAUGUUGCGCGUGGCUCUCAAGCUUGUUGAGUUCUACGACCCUGAUACUGCUGCUGCGUCAGAAACAACAACGCGAACUCACCGUGGCCCUGUUGUUCAUGAUCUGUCCGCCGCUGCCUACGAUGCUAUCAAGAAUGCUGAGGUCCCCGAGGACUCUAACUAUGCUCAGAUUGAGCCAGUGUUGGUUGGUCCUGUGGCUGCUUUGAUUCUCCCUGCUGUCUCCCCAGCCCAUGUUGCUGCGGCAUUGAGUAUUCUGGCACCCGUUUCGGGCAAAUUCCCGGCUCCUACAAGGAAGAAGAACCCUGGAUAUCAUGAUCCUGUAUGCCAAGCCGGUCUUGCCAAACUGCUUCUUGUUGGUGGCCGCGUUGAAGGCAAGAUCUUCGAUCAAUCAGGUAUCAACUGGGUCGGUGGUAUCGAAGGCGGUCUGGAUGGACUGCGGGCCCAACUGGUGGCCAUGCUCCAAGGUGCUGGCUUGGGCAUCACCAGCACCCUGGAAGGUGGAAGCCGAAGCCUGUGGCUAGCCCUGGAGGGCCGCAAAGGUCAAUUGGAAGACGAGGCUAAGGACGACAAAAAGGACGGUGAAUAA